AGCUCAGUGUCCCGAGAGCAUUCAUAAGAGAAGGACGUGUCGUACUCUCUCUCUGCCUCUCCCUCCACUCUCCCCCCUCUCCCUCUCCCAAACACAAGAAGAGGAGGAAGAAAAUAAAAACAAGACAAAGUUUAUUCCGUUUUCUUUGUCUCUAUCUCGGUUAUUUUUUAUAAAGGGGGAUUUUUUGAAGUUUUCUCAAGUUUUUUUUGGAAAUUUGAAAGAAAGUGAGCAAGAUGGAGAGAGUGAAGGUAAUGAGACACAAUCUUUAUGACGUCCUGGGCCCGCUAGACAAGGCGGUGGAAGACUUCGGAGCGUUCGAGGUGGAGGGCGAGGAGGCGGCGAGGGAGAGCCUGGUGGAGGAGUUAACGAGAGAGGUGCGGAGUCGAGCUGGCGACCUUGGAUGUGGCGAGGUGGUGGUGCCGCCCGAACUCAUAGAAGCAGUGAAGGAGAAGGUGCUCAGACUAGCUGCCUCUGAACCGUGUGGGCUGAGAGGCGGCGUCCUGCACGUGCGUUACCAGGAGGGGCAGGAGUUGGCCCAUGUUGUAGUGGACCACGACAUGCCCAACACCUUUGAACUGUACCUCAUCCUGCAGCCUGACACUUCCACCUGGUACCACCGCAUGGGCAGGAUAAUCAAGCCUCUCCGGAAGUCCAGCCCGCUUCUCCUCAGCACAAAUUUCGUCCUAGAGAAGAGAAAAUUGUACCCAGAGGAAUAACAAGGCAUUUGCUUCUCCAUUUUCUCCUCUACGUCUUCUCUUCUCUCCAAUUGUAUGAUAAAUCUCUCUCUCCUUCUCUUGGUUCUUCUCUCCUUCUCUGUCUCUGUCUCUCUUCUACAGUUGAUGUUGCUAUAAAUUGUCUCCUUUCUCUUCUAUUAAUAGUAUCGCAGCUUUUUU